AUGUGUGCAUAUAAAGCAAUGUUCCGAGUUCCGAUCCAGAAUUUUAAAUUAAGUGCAACAUAUUUAGUACACGACAAAAUACAAACGCGACAUCCUUGGCUUUCAUUGCUAACAAAUGAAUCGGAAAUGCAGAAAACAAAAAUGAAGGAAUCAAGUCAUUUGUUUGUUGCGUUAUCGUUACGGUUUGGUGAUGUCAUGACGGAUUUUGUCAUGCCUGAAACAUCAGAAUGA